ACACAACAGAUCUUACCUCUCGGGCUGUUGAUGAGAUGAACGGGAAGGAACUGAAUGGCAAGCAGGUUUAUGUGGGGCGUGCCCAGAAAAAAUCUGAGCGCCAGACAGAACUGAAGCGCAAGUUCGAGCAGAUGAAGCAGGACAGGAUGACUCGAUACCAGGGUGUCAACUUGUAUGUGAAAAAUCUUGAAGAUGGGAUUGACGAUGAACGUCUGCGAAAGGAGUUUUCCCCUUUUGGGACCAUCACCAGCGCUAAGGUCAUGAUGGAAGGAGGUCGCAGCAAGGGCUAUGGGUUUGUGUGCUUCUCCUCACCUGAAGAGGCCACCAAAGCUGUAACUGAGAUGAACGGCCGUAUCGUUGCUACCAAGCCGCUGUAUGUGGCCCUGGCCCAGAGGAAGGAGGAGCGUCAAGCCCAUCUCACUAACCAGUACAUGCAGAGGCUGGCCAGUGUCAGGACUGUGCCCAACCCAGUCAUCAACCCCUACCAGCCCGCACCACCUUCUGGGUACUUCAUGACUGCCAUUCCACAGACCCAGAACAGAGCUGCGUACUACCCCACUGGCCAGAUUGCACAACUGAGGCCAAGCCCUCGCUGGGCCACCCAGAACGUCAGGCCCCAGCAUUUCCAGAACAUGUCCAACGCCAUGCGACCUUCAGUUCCCAGGCCACAGUCCUUCGGUAUGAGACCGACAUCCUCGCAGGUGCCGCGUCUGAUGGCUUCUCAGCGUGUCGCUGCCCAAACGAUGGGACCCCGCCCAUCCAGCGCUGCGGCCGCAGCUGCAGCAGCUCCUGUGCACGGUGUGCCACAGUACAAAUACGCUGCAGGUGUGCGCAACCCUCAACAGCACCUGAACGCUCAGCCCCAGGUAGCCAUGCAGCAGGCUCACCAGACCAAGGAGGACACGAAGAUGAAUCCCAGAGGACCCAGUUACCCAAUGGCCUCCUUGUAUGUCGGCGACCUACACCAGGAUGUGACCGAAGCCAUGCUUUACGAGAAAUUCAGCCUGGCCGGCGCGAUCCUAUCCAUCCGAGUGUGUCGUGACAUGAUAACUCGCCGCUCCCUAGGAUAUGCUUAUGUCAACUUCCAGCAGCCCGCCGACGCUGAACGUGCUCUGGACACCAUGAACUUUGACGUGAUCAAGGGCAGACCCGUCCGCAUCAUGUGGUCUCAGCGUGACCCGUCCCUAAGGAAGAGCAGCGCCGGCAGCAUCUUCAUCAAGAACCUGGACAAAUCUAUUGACAAUAAGGCCCUCUAUGAUACAUUUUCUGCUUUCGGAAACAUCUUGUCCUGUAAGGUGGUCUGUGAUGAGAACGGUUCGAAGGGCUAUGGCUUUGUGCACUUUGAGACCCAUGAGGCGGCUNUAUCUGUGUUGUCAUGGUACUCUAGUUUUGAAAGUGACUUUUGCUUCAGGUUUGUCGGCCGCUUCAAGUCUCGGAAAGAACGUGAAGCGGAGCUUGGAGCCCGGGCUAAGGAGUUCACUAACGUGUACAUCAAAAACUUUGGGGAGGACAUGGAUGAUGAGAAACUACGGGAAAUAUUUGGAAAAUUUGGACCUGUUCUAGGCAUCAGAGUCAUGACUGAUGAAAGUGGGAAGUCCAAGGGCUUAGGCUUUGUCAGCUAUGAACGGCAUGAAGAUGCCCAGAAGGUGAGACUGUAGAUCUCUGGUGAGAUGUUUGUAAUUGGUGCCUUUAAAUCUUGCUUUAUCCA